GAGCUCCCUCCAAUGGAAUUCAAACUAAACCAGGGGAAACUCGAAGAAACAGUGAUCGGAAUCCUUAAAGCUGCCGAUUUAGAGAUCGCCACCGAACUCUCCGUUAGAAGAGAGGCGGAAAAACUGCUCGGCGUCGACCUUUCUAGUCUCGCUAGCAAGCGGCUAGUUAGACGAAUCCUUGAGUCCUUUUUGCUGUCUUCUUCGCCGGUCGAUGAAGUUCAAGGAGAAACCCAAGGGGUGGAGGAAGUGCAGACGGAGAAAUUUCCUGUAGACGAUGGUGGUGGGUGUGUUAUCUGUAAGCUACCGGGAAUGAGGAGAGUGUCAAUUCAAAAAUUCAAAGGGACAAAAUUGGUGUCAAUAAGGGAGUACUAUCAAAAAGAGGGAAAGGUGUUUCCUUCCGGUAGAGGAAUUACCUUGAACCCUAAACAAUGGUCUGCAUUUCGUUCAAGUUUUUCUGACAUAGAAGCAGCCAUCACAAAGAUGGAAGCAGGGAUAAGAGGCCAAGGCAUGGGGAAGAAGCAAAGUGAAGCCGAAGCUUCCACUCCAUCGACCAACUUGGCUUCCGAACCUUGUGAGCUUGAUAAACUGCAAAGUGAAGCCGAAGCUUCAAAUCCAUCAACCAGCUUGGCUUCUGAACCUCAUGUUGUUGAAGAACUCCAAAUCCAUCCACUCAUCCCUAUUGCAACCACUCGUUUCACUGGGAGAAACUACUACUGCUGGAAGCGCCAAAUGGAAUUCUUCCUAAACCAGUUGAAAAUCUCUUACGUCCUCAUCGAAUCAUGCCCAAAAAUUCCCGUUUCACCAGAAUCAACUUCCGAACAGAUCUCUGAAUCCAAAUCUCGUGCACAAAAAUGGAUCAAUGAUGAUUACAUCUGUCGACAAACUAUCUUGAACUCCCUGUCUGACCAACUCUUUGAUCAAUAUUCCGUAAAGACUCUCAAUGCCGGAGAAUUAUGGAACGAGCUAAAGUCAUUGUACGCUGAUGAUUAUGGAACAAAAAGAUCUCACAUCAACACUUACAUUCAGUUUCAAAUGAUCGAUGGGGUUUCUGUUAUUGAACAAGUUCAGGAACUUCACAGGAUUGCUGGUUUGAUCACUGCUUCUGGGAUUAACAUCGAUGAAAACUUCCAUGUUAGCGCCAUUAUUUCCAAACUUCCUCCUUCUUGGAAGCACAUUCGAGCGAAACUGAUGCAAGAAGAGUAUCUACCGCUUGAUAAGUUGAUAUAUCGGUUAAAGGAUGAAGAAGAUUAUAGAAAUGGCGGAAAGAAUGUAGAUAUAUUUGGUCAAAAGAAGAACGACACGAGGGUGUGGUGCUUUGGAUGUGGUAAAGAAGGGCACAUACGUCGGAAUUGUCCUUUGACGAGAUCGUAUAGAUGGCCUCGGUCACGGGGAUCGGAACAACCGAGAGAAGGGUGAACAGGGUAUGUGUGUCCUCGGAGUCGGAGGCCAACAUGGUUGGCAAGGUUGUAGAAUGAUAUGUUAUUCAUCAGUAACCAUUUAACAUCAUCAUUUUAACAUCAUUUUGAUG